GAACCUCUGCGCACUGAAGACCCUCAAGUUCUACCAGGAAGAGUGCGACUUGCGCAAUGCCUGGUUCGAGAUCUGUGACCAGGUCGUGUCAUUGCAGGGCGUGGCUCCCCCGAAGAACUCCGAGUGCUACCCUUACCGGCAGCAUCUGCAAUCUCUCCAUGUGCCCUUCGCCGCCUAUUUCGCAGAGAAGCUGGACGGUUUCCGCGCGAUCUUCUUCGAGCACCAGCUCCAGAAGAUGGAUCCAGGGAAUCCGGCGCUGAGGGAUUUCCGGCUGGCGAUGGAGGCGGCCAUUCCUGACCAGUGGAUGGAGCUCUUGCGGCAGCACCGGCAGGCCUACGUCCAGGACCUGGCGGUCGUGAAGCUGACGGCGGUGCCCCUUCCCCAGGCCGAGCAGCUCCGGAUUCUUCAACCGAUCUUCCAGGAGCAAUCUGCUUUUGAAGACUGGGGUGUACCGGAGAUUCAUCAGUUCUUGUGGUGCCACCAGGGCACCCUCCAGGCGGUGCUGCGGCAACUUGCGGCCGUCCCAACCCAGCUCAGAAAUCUCGAAGCUUUCAUGGCCUCCAUGAUCGGGCAGGAGCGGCACUUGGUGGCGUCGGACAUGACGAGGUUGAUGCACCUGGUCUCAGAUCACGCCUGUUCCGCGUUGCAUCCUUGUUCCGAAGCCCUGAAUACCACGAACACGGGCUGGCUCCCCAAUGCCCGGCGUGUGCUUGCAGCAGCGCGAAGCGCCCUGGAUUGCGCGUCACAGCACUCUGCAGCACAGCCUGUCAGCGUGAGUGCCCUGAGCAUCAUGGUGGAAGUCAGCCAACGGCUAGAAACGGAUGUGACCGAAUUCUGGCGAUCGAUGAAGUUGGAAACACCAAUCAAGCGUCCAACAGCGUUGCAGCAACUUGUAGAGCGCUUGUUGCACGGUGCCCAAGCCCACAUGGACCAGAGCAGUCUGCAGCAUCUCCAGCUCUCCACCUACCAGCAGCUUAUUCCCCACGGUGUUUCAGACGCCAUCGUCAACAGCCUCACCAGCGGGGUCCCCGUCGUUGCAUCGGCGCUGCAGCUGCGCAGCUUGGUCCGUGGAGCCUGCCAGGAAAACUCCAGGUGCUUGCUGGAGGCCUUGAGGUCUGCCAGUGCGGCGAGCCGCAGCACGCCGAGCACAGCGCUGCGAACGCUGCAGGAACUCGCUUGCUCUGCUGGCCCAGCAGGUCCCUUGAAUGCCGUGCUCUGCAUCGAGAUCGAGGAGUUUGGCCUUCCCUGGCUACACCUGGAUGCAGCCAACAGCGGUGGCGAGGUGGUCGGGUUAGCCACGGCCGUGCUCCUUGCCGCGGAGAUUUUGCGAAGCUUCGAGAGAUCGAGUUUCGGCUUGCAGCACGUGGUCGCAGCUGCCGUGCUACGUGCAGCGGCAACGCGGGCGGCCUCGCUCCUCUCCAGUGACAGUCCAGUGGCCUGGGAUGGCUUGGGUCACGCGCUGGCCCGACUUUGCACAGCAGGCUCCGCUGGUGGGCUCCAGCGAGCACUGGGCACCUGCCUGCGGAAUUCUGUCCUGCGUGAGGUGCAUGCCCGCACCGGAAACAUGGCAACGACCGUGGAGCUUUGCAGCCCGGUGCCGUGGUUGAAGGAGUCCUUGCCAGUUCCAGGCGACAUGCCCCAACUUGCCGGGCACCUCCCGACCUUUUUGGGUGGCUUUUGCCCCGAGGCGGUCGAGUCUGCACAGGUCAUCGAGCGAGCGCUUCAGCUGCGGCAAACCUCCGACUUGGCCGCCAUCGUCGAGAAGGCAGACGCGGGCAUCUGGCGUUUCGGCUUCUUCGCCGCCUCCUCGAACCUGUUGUGCUCGGAUCCGGGGCCAGACCGGGAGCUGCGGGAGCAGGGGCGGCGCUGGCUCGCCUCGCAGCCGGAGUUGCGAUCCCUACCGGCCCUGAUGAGGUGUCACCUCGAGGGGCUGCCUGCGCCUCUCCGCCAGGGCCUGCAGGCGGGAGAUCUGGCUGAGCAGCUCCCGCUCCUCACUAGCUUGCACGUGGCAGCUGCCAUCGCGGCAGCCCCCAUCUCAGGCCUGUCGCAUCCGUUGAAGCUUGCUGCCGACGGGGGAGCAGGCAUGUUUUUGCCUGCCAUGCCGGACGACGAAGAGCAGGUCAUCCUGCAAGCCUUGAACGAGGGCUAUGCCAAUGCACGUUUUCAUGGGCACACCCGGUACGAGUGCCAGUGUGGCUACAGGUUCAUCGUCGCAGAUUGCGGGCAAGCCGUGCAGGAAAGCACGUGCCCUCAAUGUCGACGUCGCAUCGGUGGGUACGAGUACGCCCGGCAUGGCAACAGACGCGUUGAUGCAUCUCCAGUCGUCACCCCUGCAACUCUGCAGUCCAAGCAAGGAUACUUUCCACAUCCUGCUUCUCGCGAGCGCAGCCUUUCGGUGAGAAGCAUCUCUCCGUUAUCCUUCCGCGCCCUGCACUUCUUGCUGCACUCGUCCUUUUUCACGAAGCUUUGGGACACCUCUGCUUGGGCCGUCCAGAACGUGGCAGGAAUUCUGGAACACCUCAGGGCCGAUUGGGACGUCCUUACUCAAAUCCUGGGAGCUUGUCCUGCCGGCUUUCUGAUGGAUGUUUCAGGCAGACUGAUGUUCACUUCCCGAUCGACCGCACAGACGGUGAUGACGCAAAAGGAGCGCCUGCGAUGGGAACGGCAUUUUGCCGAGGUGAUGAUCGAGCCCUGCGUAGAGAACGCGCAGAGAGCCGAAUUUGAUGCCCAGCUCAGCUGGGACCGAGUUGCUGGUCAUGCAGAGGAGACCUUGCCGCUCCUCCUGUUGGAUCGCCUCCCUCCGCUGAGCGCGCGUGCGGCCCGGGAUGCGACCACGGAUGAGCAAGGUGGCUCCGCGGAAGCAUCUCAAGCCCACCGAUUGGUGCUUGGAGCUGGGAGCUGGGAACUUCACCUUCGCCCUGAGCUUGGCUCGGGCCCGGGGUCCUGA